CAGCCCCAGGCCUGCAAUUAAGCAAUGCGGGGGGAGAGGUCCGCGCGCCGCUCAGCUCAGGAGCCCGGAGCCCACGGGUGAGCGAGGCCUGGGGCCCCCGCUGGACGGCGCGGGGCACCCACGGCGCGGAGAGGCAGGCGACCCUCUCGCCGGCCCCCCUGCAGCAGCGCGGCCUGCUCGCCACCGCUCCGGGAGCGCCGCCUGUCUCCGAGCCGCCGGCCGGGAGCGGAGGGCGCGCGGGCACGGCGGCGGGGGCGUGCUCCGAGGACGCGCGCGGGCUGCUCCUCCGGCGGCCGCUCCCGGGAAAGACGGCGGCUUCCCGGGGAAGCCCGCUGCCGCCGCCGGCCGCGGAAGUGCUGAGAGGGUUCUUGGGAACUCGUGGCGCGCGUGGCCGCCGCCGCCGCCCGGGACAGCCCGGAGAAACUCUCAGAGUGGACACCGGGAGCCUUUGUCACAAGGAACAAUGCUGCCCCGAUGGGAACUGUCUCUUUACCUGCUUGCUUCACUUGGCUUCCACUUCUACUCUUUCUAUGAAGUUUACAAAGUCUCCAGAGAGCAUGAAGAGGAACUGGACCGAGAAUUUGACCUGGAGGCUGACACUUUAUUUGGAGGAUUAAAGAAGGACCCGACUGACUUUGAGUGGAGCUUCUGGAUGGAGUGGGGGAAGCAGUGGCUGGUGUGGCUUCUCCUCGGCCAUGCGGCUGUGUCUCAGAUGGCCAACCUGCUUGCAAGGAAGCACAGACCCUGGAUCCUCACAGCCUAUGGAAUGUGGGCCUGCUGGUGUGUGCUGGGAGCCCCAGGUGUGGCCAUGGUUUUUCUCCACACCAUCAUCUCCUUCUGUGUAGCCCAGUUCCGGUCACUGCUCCUGUCAUGGCUCUGUUCUCUCCUCCUGCUCUCCACACUGAGGCUGCAAGACAUGGAGGAAGUUAAGAGAGGGUGGUACCAGACAGAAAAUGAGUACUACUUGCUGCAGUUCACGCUGACCGUGCGCUGCCUGUACUACACCAGCUUCAGCCUCGAGUUCUGCUGGCAGCAGCGGCCUGCUGGGCGCACCUCCUACUCCUUUCCCUGGCUGGUGGCCUAUGUCUUCUAUUACCCCGUCUUCCACAAUGGACCCAUCCUCAGCCUCCCGGAGUUCAUCCGACAGAUGCAGCAGCAAGAGCGCCGCUCGCUGAAGGCCAGCCUUUCCGUCCUCACGCUGGGGCUGGGCCGCCUCCUCUGCUCUUGGUGGUUGGCGGAGCUGAUGGUCCACCUUAUGUACAUGCACGCCAUCUACAGCAGCACCCCCCUCCUGGGGGCCGUCUCCUCCUGGACCUUAGGAGGACUGGCGUUGGCUCAAGUGCUCUUUUUCUAUGUGAAGUACUUGGUGCUCUUCGGCGUCCCAGCUCUGCUCAUGCGCCUGGAUGGACUCACCCCGCCGCCCCUCCCUCGCUGUGUGAGCACCAUGUUCAGUUUCACGGGGAUGUGGAGGUAUUUUGAUGUUGGACUGCAUAAUUUCUUAAUCAGGUAUGUGUACAUUCCAGUGGGUGGGUCCCAGCAUGGCCUGCUGGGGACACUGUUUUCCACUGCAUUGACGUUUGCAUUUGUGAGCUACUGGCAUGGUGGGUACGACUACCUCUGGUGCUGGGCAGCACUCAACUGGCUGGGAGUCACCGUGGAGAAUGGAGUCCGGAGGCUUGUGGAGACCCCGUGCAUCCGGGACAGCUUGGCCCGAUUCCUCUCCCCACAAGCUCGCCGUCGAUUCCACGCUGCCCUCGCAUCUUGUUCCACCUCCAUACUGAUCCUGUCCAACCUGGUGUUUCUCGGGGGCAAUCAAGUUGGGAAAAUCUACUGGAAUAGGAUCUUCAUACAAGGCUGGCCGUGGGUGACCCUCUCUGUCCUGGGAUUCCUGUACUGCUAUUCCCAUGUGGGCAUUGCCUGGGCCCAGACCUACUCCAUGGACUAAUGCUGCCAGGCCAGCCUUUGCUGCCAGUCUCCAAAGCAAAUGGUGCUUCUCCCCGACCUGGCACCCCAAGAUAACCUCCAAAGGACCAGUGCUUGAUCUGCUAAUCUUUUGUUGAAGUUACCUUACUCCAAGACUGGAAACUUGAGCUCUCGUAGAAAAUUGACAAUCAGAGAGUCUUCUAACUUUGGGGACUUAGAGAUCACCUCCCUCCAGCCCCAUCAUUUUCCUGUUGAGUAAGCUGGUGUCCAGAGCAGUAGAGUGUCUUGCCUAGCUGCACAUGGUGACAUUAUGGUCUAGAACCCAGUCUCCAGAGCCCUUCAGGUUCUUUCUCCUUUACCAAGAAUUAAAUGUAAUGGACGUUUCUUGAUUGAGGCACAGAAAUCUUUAUUAAUGAUAGACCUUUCCUCUACUGGGCAGUAUUUCUGAAACAUUUUGGUGAUAUUUAAGUGACCCCUUCCCCAUGUCCGGCAAUGUAGUCUCUAGAAUCAGCACUGGGGUUUGAGCUACACACUUCAGCUCCUCAGCAGGGAGGUGACAAAGCCACAGCUGUGUUUCUAGUUACCCAAAGAAGAUAGACUAUGUUCUGUGGCAUUCCAAGGAGUCAGUACCCCAGGAGAUCUGUUCUUUGAACUUCAUCAGGGUGAUCUACGUUUGGCUGCUUGUUUCCUAGAUUUGCAGAGAAGUAUAAACAUGGCAGUUCCUCUACCUGACAAUUAAUCAUUUCCCAAUAAAGGAACAGAAUUAAAAAAUCCAGGGAAUAGUGUAUCCACAGACGGGUGCUAUCAAGCAAGUCACAAAGGGGAAGGAUGGUUUCCUGUGGUUUUCUCUCCUCUCUCCACCCAGAGGUCAUCUUCCCACUCAGCGGUUUAUAUUUUGUUUCGAGUAAAGCGGAGCCUUUUCUAUCACAUAGAUUAUUCACUUUUUGUAGAAUUAUUUUAAAUAUUUUUUGAGGAAAAUGUUUAAAAUCUGAACACAUAUAACUCUUAAUUAUUUACUCCUCUGGAAAGAUGCUGACAGGCCACUAAUGGCCCCAAGUGGUAGAUAAUUUAGAAUACUUGUCUUUGGCUUUGGAUUUUUUUUGAGAGGGCAAGGGGUAAGGGAAGAAGCUUUAAAAUUUGAAUCCAUGGUGUACCCAAUUAUGAGAGAACUUAGAACAUCUCAAGCACAUGAAUUCAAUUGUUAUUAAGUGAAAGGUUCACUUGGACCUGUCUGUGCCACCCUGUCCAGUAUUACUUGGUCUUGUCCUUGUGUCCUGGCUGUGGUUAUUAACUCAGUGAGCUAUAAACUCCUCAAGUGCAGGACCAGUCAUUUUGCUGAUGUCCGUUCUUCCUAGCCACUCUGCUUGGAAGAGAGAGGGGAGGAGACCAGAUGUGGACGGCAUGGGGUGGGCACAUACUGUGUUAGCUGCAGCAAACGACA